UGCAUUCGGCAUUUUACCACGUUUUAGUUACAUAAUUGGCUUUAAAAUUUGACAUUUUGAGCAGGAAGUUGUGACGAGUUAGAAGAGUAGAAACACUGUUUUAUGUAUAUGAAUUGUGCAUUUCAUUGAUGAACACAUGUUCUCACAGUCUCAUCUUGCAAAAUAGCGAUAACCUAGGAACCAACGUGACUGGUCUGUGUACCCGAGAGGAAAUAUUAAUGUGUGUGCAAGAGGGGGUCUGACCUCUUACAGAGUUUGAAUUGGAGAGAUGCUGUCCCAGCUUAGAGGGAGGUUUUUACCGCUAAAAUUUCAGUUGCAUAAGGUAACGGCUCCAAUGAAUGUCCUGUGUAAACGAAGCCCCAUCAUGCACAGACUAUCCACAGUCUGCUCCGUUAAAUCUCCCUUUAAUACUUACAUGUCUAACUGGCCGAGCAGCACUUCAAAUCUCAGUUACACAAUGAGAAUACACAGCUCUGCUUGUUGUCUAAAGAAAAGAAAGGUCCAGGAGGAACCUGAGAAACAUGAGCUGGACUUGCUACGAUAUGACAUGAGAGCUCUGAAAGAUGCACCAAAGCCAGCUCUCUAUCUGGGCUUAGGGGGAUUAAUCCCCUUUAUCUCUGCACCUCUUCUGAUGAGCGUCACAACAUGCUAUUACCCAGAGGUGGCUUUUGCCCAAGUAGCAUAUGGUGCGUCCAUACUGUCCUUCCUUGGUGGUGUCCGAUGGGGAUUUGCCAUUCCAGAGAACAGUCCUGCCAAACUUGACUGGAUGAACCUCACAAACAGUGUUGUACCACCUCUCCUGGCAUGGCUCGCCUUACUGUUUCGGGAGAAUACAACAGAAGCAACGUUGCUAGUAAUCAUGGGGUUAGGAAUUGCAUUGCACUAUGACCUUGCACUUCUUCCAACCUACCCAUCCUGGUUUAAGGCUCUACGGGCUAUCCUUACUCUUGUAGCUGUUUUCUCUUUAGUCGCCACGCUAAUAGUCGCUGGCUUAUAUCCCCACAAACCAUUGGUUACAAAAGAAAAGUAGAUCAAAUCCUAUUUGUUCUAUACCAGUGAUUCUCAACCACAGUGUUGAAUCACUCAGCUGUGCCACCAACAGGGCACUAGAGGGAAAAAAUUGAGUAUCUCUCUGUCAGGUUUUCAGUGACACUGUCAUUUUACAAAUAUACUGACUUCUGUAACAUUAAUCUAAUUUCAUACCAAAAUACUCCCAAUUUAUUUGAACAUUGUAUUAUUAUUAUUAAGUGCUAAUUUAUCUGUGCAAGUCUAAACCACAGCAAAAUGAUUAAACACAUAGUUACAGUUGUGUUUCUAGGCUCAAUACAUUGCUGCUCCUGCUUAUGUUGUUCACCUGGUGUGUCAAUUUGGAGUAUUUUGUCAUUCAACCAGAAUGUCCCUUUUUAUCCAUUGCAUUUUGUAUACUGUUGUAUUACUUGAAUGGAUUGAUUGGGGUGUCACAAAAGUAUGCAUAUGGUGUUCUACAGAAAAUAAAUACAUUUAAUUAGCGUUUAUGCUGAGGCAAUCUAUGUCUGAAAAUAAAAAUAACAUUUUGUUAGGAAGUGUUUGGUAAAAUAGAAUAUACAGUAUAUCAAGCUCACCGUGUUAUAUCUACAGCAUUAACUAGCACUGUGCAUAAUGCCUAUAAGAGUCCCUGGUAGUGUUCAUUGGAACAUAUAUCAUAUGAUGAAUACAGGGCUUGACAAAUCUUGGAGACAAGAACUUUUGGCUCCUAUUUUUUUAGACUAGUUUAGAUAUAUCUGUGUAAGAAUCCUUGGUAUACUUAAAUAAAAAUGAACAUGGUUCUAAAACUUUCUCUCUGACUUGUACAUUAAAUAUUAAUUUGUACUGCCCUGCAAUAAAAAAUAAAAAAAUAUUUUUGCUCAUUUUAAAUGUGCUUCUGUGCUUAAAUAAACAUUUUAUUUCUUUAA